GUGCCAAUGGGCGCGCGCUAUCUAAUUAAACCCCCACCACGUAAUCCCGGCCACACCAUCCCCCCAUUUAAAUCCACUCCACCGGCUCCACCGCUCCGCCACUCCGCCGCGCUCCGUCCCUGCCUCCGGAGGAGAGCAGCUCCAUCCCCGCCGCCUGCGCGCGAGCAUGCUCUGACUCUCGGAACCGCACCGCCAUCCCGAUCCGUCCUGCGGGGUCUGAGAUCCGCAGCGAGCCGAGCAUCUCUGCGCUCUGAGCCGGCCGCAGCAGACCCGCUCCUGCCGCCGCCACAACGGAUGUGAAAAGAGCCUUGGCCUGGGCUGUGAACAUCCCCGUUGUCGAGGAAACCGUGAAGCCUGUCCCAUCACCAUGGGGAAGCAGAACAGCAAGCUACGGCCAGAGAUGCUGCAGGACCUCCGGGAGAACACAGAGUUUUCUGACCAUGAGCUGCAGGAGUGGUACAAGGGGUUCUUGAAGGAUUGUCCCAGUGGAACCUUGAAUGUGGAGGAGUUUAAGAAAAUAUACGCCAAUUUCUUCCCCUACGGCGAUGCCUCCAAGUUUGCAGAGCAUGUCUUCCGAACUUUUGAUACCAACGGUGACGGGACGAUAGACUUCCGGGAGUUCAUCAUCGCGUUGAGCGUGACGUCACGUGGGAAGCUGGAGCAGAAGCUGAAAUGGGCCUUCAGCAUGUAUGACCUGGAUGGAAACGGGUACAUCAGCCGUGAGGAGAUGCUGGAGAUUGUCCAGGCUAUCUACAAAAUGGUGUCAUCUGUGAUGAAGAUGCCAGAGGAUGAAUCCACGCCAGAGAAGAGGACGGAUAAGAUCUUCAGGCAAAUGGAUCUGAAUAAUGAUGGCAAGUUAUCCCUUGAAGAGUUUAUCAAAGGUGCCAAAAGUGACCCCUCCAUCGUCCGGCUACUCCAGUGUGACCCCAGCUCGGCCUCCCAGUUCUGAACACGCCCCUUUCCAAGCCUGAUUUUUCUUGUCCUCCUCCUAUCUGCGUGAUGCUACUAAGUCACUCAAAUCAAUGCAUGAUGGUUCACAUCUCUCAUGUCAUCUACUUUCUUGUUGUAGUUUUGUGGAGGUUCUAAUAGGAAUGAGGAAGACGUUUUGCUUUUACAAAUGGAAGAGUGAAGGGACGUCCAUGCACUUCUCAAUCAGUCUGAAGAGGCGCUGACCUCCCGGACUUCUGUGUCCUCGUGUCACGAAGGUCGGAUGUUUCUUCAGCUGGAUGAACGGCUGCGGUUCUCCUCUAACACACAUGGAUAUCUUGUAUAUACUGUAGGUCUGCGUGCAUCCUACGAUGAAGUUUCCGUCGCCGUCUUAUCCUGCGUGGCAUGUACUCUCUGGCAUUCAAAAGCAGUAUUAUGUAGCUUCCUGGUGGGAUACGGAUGUGGGGGCAGGGUGAAGGAAGGGGCGGGGCUUCCAUGGGAUUUUACUGCUGUAUAAAAAAGAAGGCCGAAGAUCCCUUCAGGUUUUUUGAACUACUGGCAUUUUCUUUUCAUCAGAAAGCAUUUUCUUUUUUGUACAUAUGAUUUACUUGUUUUCAUUCUUAUUGUUGUGGUUUUUACAUCGUCACAUUCCAGUUUACAUUACCCAGAGAGAGAAAUGUUCUGCUCCGGGGUGGAGGAGACGGACUUUCAGAAGAUGAAGGAUUCUACGAUGCAUUUGAUCAGCGACACCAGUCGUGGGUUUGGGUUUAGACUUCGCCUAUGAGGUGCACUUGAUCCGAAUGUCGGUGUGUGUGUGUGUGCAUGAGAACACAAAGUGUAUGCUUGAGGCUAACUUUUACAGUAUUCUGUUGAUGUGUUUCUUAAUUUGAAAGUAUCACUUUAUAAUAGAAAAGUACAAGUAAGAUAGUUGUAAUCUGUCUCUAUAAUGCAUGACCGUAUAAAAAUCAGACGCAGCGACUUUAAUGACAGUUUACGCUCAGCUGCAUCUCUGCAGCCCCUCUACAUGUCCAACUUUAGGAGCAAUGCCGUCCCUCUGUGCUUUUCCUCUGACACACAGAACUCACCAAGGGCUUUCUCAAUCCUCCAAAGCUUUUAUGGAUAAAUCUUUUUAAAAACAAUCAUUUUCAUGGUAAACAAGCAAAAGUUGAAUUGAUAGAAAUCAGUACAGACAUUAUCUGCAGCACCAAUGUCAAGGAAUCAAGAUGAUCUUUAAUGGGAAAUAAAUGCACUCAGCAGGUGUUCAAGGUGAAAUAAAACCCCUUCAAAUCACUGGAUGCAGCUCUGCCAGUCUGACCCUCCUCUGCUCUUUUUAUUCUCCAUGUGUUUCUUUAUGUAUAAAUAUUGUACCUCGGGGACUAAAACAUGUAAUUUCUUAAAGUAGAGUAUCUGCAUGUAUGUGAGCAGCUGACUUUAGAGCUGUCCUGGAGCCGCUGCAUUCAUGCCACAUUCAAAUAAAGCGACACCAAACAUUUGAGCUGGACCUUGGUAAGCAGCUGCAGCUCUGCUUUGGGUUUUCUGGAGUGUCACUGCCUUCUGCUGGUAGGAACCAAAACAACAGUUGUUACUCCUAUUGUCAAACCUAUUCUUACUCACUGCCUCUUGAUGAACUGAACUGAUCUUGUGUUCGAAAAAUAAGUCUCCUUCUUCUUCCCUCAACAUUUUUCUGUUGCAUGAAAACCUCAGGUGAGGAGGCCAUGUUUGUUCUGUUAGACCUGAUAUCAAAAUAUACCUGUGUUUCAAAAAG